UAUAUGAACGCCGGUGAGACGUACCUAUUUUCUUUUCACUUCGCAGGUUGUUCAGGGAUGGUAUCAUUACCAAAAUGAUCGUUGCACUCAUAGUGCUUGCCCUAAUGAAUGUGAUCAUUGCGGUGCCACUGUACACAGGAAAGGGUCAUGUUGCCCAGCUUAAAGGUAUCCUUAGCCUUAAAGGCCAACGUGCAGUCGAUAGCGGCAUCGCGGGCGUUGGACCGGAGCCUCUGGUGUGCAUGUAUCAGUGCGCCGAGAACAUGGCGAACGAGAUGGCGCCGAUGCCGGACGAGUUCUGCGACAUCGUCUACUACCAGUUGGACGAGAGGUACACUUUCGUGGAGUGGCCCAAUUCCAGCUGCAUACGGCAGCUCGUGCUGGCUGCCUCGGCCUCGAAGACGCGCAAGUACGGCAUCACCGUGCACAGCACGCAAGGCGAUGAGUCAUCAGAACAACUGAAAACGUCCGCUGGCGUGACACAAUUUAUUAAGCUUUGGAAAAAUAACGUCAGACACCACGGACUCACGUUUGUCAGUGGCACAUACGGCACGUUGAACACGCUCGCACGCUUCAACCUCAACAUCCUGGGCCGCUUCAAGUCCCUCCAGGUUGCAGCGAACUCGAUGACCGGCCAGAGGGACCACCGCCGCUACGUUCUCUUGGGGAUACAAGCGUGGUUCGCAAACUUUUCGGCGGAAAAAGUUGCCCUCGCUGCUGUCCUAAAAAAAAUUUCUACGUCCCAGCCGGUGAACCUGCUCGUCUUGUACACCCACAUCUGGCACUGGCCGACUACGCAGUGCGUUGUGUCCGGGCCGACCAUACUGAGCAACAACUUGCACGUGCCCCUCCCCGCCAUGGAUACGACCAUGGAGUUGGUGAACGCGGCGGAGACGCCCAAAUACGUGACCGUUCUGUUGUCGCUGAGUGCGAUAGUGUCCCGUUUCGUAAUGGAUUCCGGCUGGGACAAUGCGGCGAUGUACGGAAGCCAAUGCGUCGACCGAGAAGCUGUGCCUUAUUCGAACGUCUGCGGUGAAACCAACGUCUUGAAUCCAGGCAUAGCACCGGAAGCCAACGUAGCCAUUGCCCACGUCUACACGGAAAACGGAGUGACUCUGGCCACCUACGAAACAGGGGACACCAUUAAGUCAAAGGUCGACUACGCCUACCGCCACCUGGGGCGCAGGAACUUCGGCUGGGCCAUUCACUAUCUGAUCGGGAGCAGGUUGAAUGAUUCCUGCCCCCAGAUUGGCAUGGAAGGAGAGGACGUCGUCGCAACAGCCGUUCUACGAACUAAGAAGUCUUGGAGAGGGUGGCGCUGGCUGUACCCUCUUUGACCGGACUAUCCCAACUAUAACUGAGAAUUAUACCGAUUGUAUACGUCGAUUGGAAUCAAUAUGAAAUACAUAUCGCAUCUUGACUAUGAA